UUUGAUUUGAUAGGACAAAAUGGCCAUACAUCUUUCUGUUUCGAUUAUUCUAACUACCUUAAGUGUGUUGGAUGCAUCGGAUACAAUUUCAAACAAACACAUGGUCAAGUCAUCAUCUGAUUCGGGUGUUUGUUUUUAUGGAGUAACUGCUGAAAGAGUUCUCAAUAUCUUAGCGACUGGGAAAUUCAGAACAGUUGAACCUUCAGUACGUAAACCAAAGGACUGUUCAGACUUGGACCCUAAGCAUGACAUCAGUGGGGUGUAUAGAAUAUAUCCCACUACCGGAAAAAGAUUCAAGGUUUAUUGUGACAUGAAAACCGACGGUGGGCGCUGGACAGUUCUUAUCAGACGAAUGGAUGGUACUCAGAGUUUUAAUAAAAAAUGGAUAGAAUAUGAACAUGGUUUUGGAGAUUUAAAUCGAGAAUUUUGGUUAGGAAACAAAUAUCUUCAUAUACUGACUUCAGCUAAAAAUACCGAAAUGAGAGUGGACAUACAGAAUUUUAAAGGUGAAAAGAGGUAUGCCAAAUACUCAACAUUCAAGAUUGGAGAUACUGGGUCGAAAUAUAAACUGACAGUUGGUGGAUAUUCUGGAAAUGCUGGCGAUUCUUUUGCACAUACUCACAACGGAAUGAAGUUCACGACACCUGAUCAAGACAAUGAUAAAUAUAGAACAAACUGUGCUUUAAUUCAUAAACGAAUUGGUGGCGGUUGGUGGUUCAAUGAAUGUGAUGCUUCCUGCUUUACAUUAUCAUAUGCAAAAAAUAAGGAAGGUCUGACUGGAGAGAAUCUUAUACAAUGGGAAAGUUGGAAGGGUUCCAGAUAUUCCCUGAAAUAUGCUGUGAUGAUGAUGCGGAGAGUUUAAUUCGUUGUUGAAAAAAAUAAAAAAAAAUAUCUGAUUUUGCU